AUGGCGGUGGUGAUGAGGACGGGGGCGGCCGGACUGCUCGCCGCCGCCGCCGCCGCCGCCGCCGCUGUUGCUCUGGUCGCCAGCGCUGGAGUCUGGCGCUUUGACACCGUCCACUCGUCCGACACCGAGUCGGGGGACUGUGCGCGGGUCCGGGGCUCCGCCGCUGCCGCUCCGGACUCCAGCCGAUCCCUCGGGCUCACAGAGUCCGGGCACAGGUGCCUGAAGUGGAGUAAGAUCCCCGAUUUCAUCCACAGAUUCCCCCACAGGGGUCUGGGAGCGCACAGCCUCUGCCGCAACCCCGACGGGCGGCUGAAACCCUGGUGCUUCUACAGGAACCACCGAGGGAGGAUCGACUGGGCUUAUUGUGGCUGCAAACAGGCAUCUCUCUUUGUUCCAAUUCGACUGGCUGGGGGUAACUCUGAGUAUGAAGGACGUGUUGAAGUCUAUCGUGCUGGACAGUGGGGAACGAUAUGUGAUGACCACUGGGAUGAAGCUGAUGCUGAAGUUAUCUGCAGACAGUUGGGCAUCAGUGGCCCAGCCAAGGCACAGACACUGGCCUAUUUUGGAGAAGGUUCUGGUCCCAUAUUCCUGGAUGAUGUGCAAUGCACAGGAAAUGAACUCUCUAUAGACCAAUGUGCCAAGAGCCUGUGGGGAGAACAUAACUGUGGGCACAAGGAAGAUGCAAGUGUUUCCUGCAAUCCUCUUAGGGAUGGCACGCUGCGCCUGACUGGAGGAGAGGGCAGUCAUGAGGGUCAACUUGAGGUCUACUUUGGUGGUCACUGGGGAAGUGUUUGUGAUGAUGGUUGGACAGAGCAGAAUUCUCAUGUUGUUUGCAGGCAACUGGGAUUCAGAUUUGCACAGAGGCCUCCAGAAGGUCAGUUUGGACGUGGCACAGGCCCUAUCCACUUGGAUGAUGUCAACUGUUCUGGUCAGGAGUUAUCACUGUCUUCAUGUUCAAGGAGUGAAUGGGGGAAGCAUGAUUGCAGCCACCAGGAGGAUGUGGCAAUCGUUUGUACACACAGUGCAGUAAAUGACAUCCAGGGAAGUCCUUUUGGUCCUCCUAUCAGACUGAUGGAUGGAGAAAAUAAGAAAGAAGGACGUGUUGAAAUAUUUAUCAAUGGCCAGUGGGGGACCAUUUGUGAUGAUGGAUGGACUGACAAGGAUGCCACUGUGGUCUGCCGUCAGCUGAGCUACAAGGGUUCAGCGAAGGCAAGGUCACUGGCGUAUUUUGGAGAUGGUGUGGGGCCAAUACACAUGGACAACGUGAAAUGCACUGGAACUGAACUGAUGCUAGCAGACUGCAUCAAGCAAGACAUUGGCACACACAACUGCCGACACAGUGAGGACGCUGGAGUGAUCUGUGACUACAGUGCCAAGAAAAGAGUUCUCCUGGGCAACACAGAGUCUGUGCCCUCUCUCUGUGGCUUGCGUUUACUGAACCAAAGGCAAAAACGAAUCAUUGGUGGGAAAAAUUCCUUGAGGGGGGGGUGGCCUUGGCAGGCAGCCAUUCGACUGAGAGCAUCCCACAGAGAUGGGAGACUACUGUGCGGUGCAACUCUCAUUAGCAGCUGUUGGGUCCUCACGGCAGCUCACUGCUUUAAAAGGUACGGUAACAACACUAAGAAUUACGUGGUGCGAUUAGGUGAUUACCACACGUUGGUGCCUGAGGAGUAUGAGGAAGACGUCGAGGUCAAGAGUAUUAUUAUUCACAAGGACUAUAAGCCUGAUGCCAAUGACUAUGAUAUUGCACUAGUAAAGCUAGAGGGACAGCUGAACCGCUGCGCCAAAUUCAAUGCCCAUGUCCUGCCAGCAUGUCUACCACACAGGAGAGAGCGGGCCAAAAAAGUAGCUUCAAACUGCUACAUCACAGGAUGGGGUGACACAGGAAGAGCUUAUUCAAAGACCCUGCAGCAAGCAGCCAUCCCCCUGCUACCCAAACGGCUGUGUGAGGACCGCUACAAGAAUAGAUUCACAGGGAGGAUGCUCUGUGCGGGAAAUCUGCUGGAUCACAAGCGAGUAGACAGUUGCCAAGGUGACAGUGGUGGGCCGCUGAUGUGCGAGAGGCCGGGAGGACACUGGGUCGUGUUUGGCGUGACCUCCUGGGGGCAUGGGUGUGGGGUGAAGGACACUCCGGGUGUCUACACCAGAGUCUCUGCCUUUGUACCAUGGAUUAAACGUGUGACUAAACUGUAACCCACUGUACUCGGAGAAUACCAACAUUUGGGAUUGGUGCUGGCCAUUGACUGAGCAUGACAUUCCCCGAUCACCACCGGCUCAGCCCUUUAAUGGAGUGAUCCCGACUGACUUCAUGACAUUUAUUAUGCAUUACAGCAGCACUUACAGCAUUCAGGGACCAACACAAACUGUACGGCAAGGCUCAAUAUGAUCCUUCCAUGUUAAUCAUUCAUAGUAAUCAACAACUGGACUGGUGAGACUGCUAACAGUCCUUAGAGAAAAGGUUGACAAAUGUAUGUGCAGGUUUCAGUGUUUUAUCCAUUAUAUUGUAAAACAUAAAAUGUAUAGGAACCCUCUACCCC